AGUGACACUCCAUACGGCCAAAGGUUACACUCAGAGGCGCUCUCAGUGGAUAACCCACGCCUGGCUCUCUCCAUAAACCUCCGGUUCUGGUUGACAUCCCCCUCGUGCGCGUGAUAUUACGUAAACGACUAGCAGGAGGAUCGGUAAAGUUGCUCAAGUGUGCGACCUGGACGUGGUGUCUGAUGUAGACUCGGUUCUGAGUUGGUCUCGUACGGUCUUCCCUCCGCUCCACACCGCUGGCCUUGUAUCAUUUCUCGACAGCCGGGAAAGAGGCGCUGGUCGCGGGUAUGGAUGCCGUGUGGAUGCUGCCUGUGCUGCUGGUGCUCCCGCUUCUGUUAUGGACCAGCAGCACGUUCGUUUACUAUUUCAAGAAGUGCUUUUAUGUGGCGUACAUGAUGCUGCUGGCCGUUGCCACCAUACCGUUGUGCAUUCUGAAAAGCGGCGGCAGAGACAUUGAGAAUAUGAGGGUAAUCCGGUUCAUGGUUCGUCAUGUGAAGUAUUUCCUGGGUCUGCGCUAUCAGGUCAGCGGUUGGGAGCAUCUACAGACAGAAGGACCCUACGUCAUCAUCUCCAACCACCAAUCAUCACUCGACGUGCUGGGCAUGAUGGAGAUACUGCCGGACCGCUGCACGAUGGUAGCCAAGAAGGAGCUGGUGUGGGCCGGGACGGUGGGCAUGAUUUGCUGGCUGGGAGGAAUCGUCUUCAUCAACCGCCAAAAGACCAGAGACGCCAAGAAUGUCAUGAGUGAAGCUGCUAAAACCAUGAUAGCCGACCAGAUCCGAUUGUGGGUGUUUCCAGAAGGCACACGGAAUCAGAACGGCGGGCUUCUUCCGUUUAAAAAGGGAGCGUUUCAUCUGGCCGUUCAAGCACAGGUGAGAGUUACUCCCAUCGUGUUCUCGUCCUACAGUAACUUCUACCUACGAAAACAGAAGAGGUUUCUAACAGGAACCAUCACUCUGAAAAUCCUUCCAAAGAUCGAGACAAAGGGACUGACGGCAGAUGAUGUCACGGCUCUCUCCGACCAAUCAUUCGGCGUCAUGCAUUCGGCCUUCCUGGAGAUUUCCAGCCAAGCCCCCCAGUGCAACGGGGCCGUCCAGCCACUGAGCGCUGCCGGCGCGCCCUAUCUUUCGCUCCGACAACAAGGAUGGCUCGAGACUACGCCGUUGCCGUGGUGACGGUAACCGCGACAACCAGGCGCUUUAGUAUCCUCUCCGACGGC